AUAAUACUGAAGGAGUUCACAUCAUUUCUGUAUUCUUAAUGUCUGAUUUUCUUUAUUCACAGUAUAUUUGAGUGUGAUAGCAGUGCGCUUCUCUCACCACUAGAGCUUGCACAUGACAAAAACUACAGCACCCACGUCCUUGCAUGCGUGCACAUUUUUCACAAGACAGCUUCAUUGAACAUCAGAACAAAGACAUACAUGUGAUCCUUCAAUACUAUGGCCUGUAACGAGGGCUCCGAGCGACACAUAAACCCGUUCGAGUGGCUCGUGUCGCAGUGAUGGGUGGACUGUGGGCAUUUCCACGCACGCAGCUCUCCACGCGCCCCGGUGACUCACGGCUCUGAACAGAUGUCUGGUCCAGUACCGAGACCGGGCCACUGGAAACACAAAUGGCUGGUCGUGUAGAGGGAAGCUGGAGGUGUUGUCACAGAUUGAUCUGCAGCAUCCUGCGCUCCGGUGACAAGAGGAGGAGAUGCUCGUGGACACGCGCGUCUGGAGGGAUGCGGAGCGCCAAACUCUCAUCUUUAGGAUUAUUCCUACUUUUAUUACACAGCGCACAGGCUGCCCAGGAUGAUGUGAAUAAUGAGGCGUCUGGGUCAGCAGUGUCAUUUCUGGAUGUGCCCACCUCAACGUCCUUCCUUGUGAAGGAAACAAAUCCGUUGUCUGUAGUCCAAUUCAAUUCCACAGGCUCCUCAAAGGGUAACAGAGAACAAGCAGCAUUUUCCUCUAUACUUACUCUGCUGGCCGGCACGACACAAAGGCUUCAGCCGUCACAAGUCACUCCAGAGAGUCCCAUUAUAAGUACCAAUGAAACACAUCACUGGCCUUCAAACAGAUCUUUGGAGACAAAUGAAUCAUCAUUUGGCCGUUCGUCAUCAUCAGAGCUGGUCAGCAACAAUUCUUUCAUCUCAGGGUCUGAGUGGAUAUCUGAGCUGAUGUCACCGGUGGCCACACCCACAGCUGCAGACGUUCAGGUUAAAGCCAGUGGUUCCAGUAUAAAUUUCCCCAACAGAUUUGCAGACAAACAACAAGAACGACCAGCAGUCUCUACGCUCACCGUAUCUCAACCCACAGCAUUUACCAGCAAUACCGUUGCAACAACCAGCACCUCUUCUUUAACAACCACAGAGUUGACCAGCACUACCCAUUUAACCAGUGCCAAACGAAACACAAAAACAUCUUCAUCCUUCAGAUAUUCAACCACUCGAGUCCUGUCCUCUUCCACCUCACAAAGCACAAAGACAACCCUGUCGAAAAGCACUGCGGGCCCACCGGAAGCACCUGCUGGCGAAAGCACACUGCUCAGAUGUAACAUCACUGACCGAAUGUGGAUCAAAACAGUGCUGUCCAUUCAGUUACGGAGAAGUCGUCUAGAUAGUAUUCUGAAGCAGAAUCUCCCUAGAGGACUAACUAAUGCUCUGAAGAAAGCCUUAAAUGAUAGCAUGCUUCAAGCUAAGGUGGAAAGCAUUUCCAGCGUGCCUAACGUGACUGUUGGUUAUUAUGUGACCCGUGGAGAGAUGGUGUACACCGCUUCUGUGGUGGUGGAGGCUCUUACCGUCUACGGUAUUAAGAGAUUGAUGGCAGACAUCCGACAGUUUGUGCCUCUGGUCCAGGCAAUUUCCAUCCCAGCAGCACCCUGGAGGCCGAGUCCUGCCAUCUCAUACAUGCUAAAGACAGUGCUGAGGUUUGUUGGUCCAGAGGAUGACCUGAGAUCCUGUAGAUUUACUCAGAUGAUGGAGCAGAGAUUGGAGAAUGCAUUUGCUGAGGCAGAAGCCAUGGUGCUUAACUCUUACAGCAGCCUCACUGUACAGAUCUUGAGUGCAUCUCAGUCUUCAGGUUCUCCGGCUGUAUCUCUGAUAUAUGUGGUUCAUAAUGGUAGUGUCACUCUCAAUGGCACAACGGCCAGUAACCUCCUCAGUCGUCUGACAGCAGAACUCGUGGGCUACUUCCUCUUUUACCCUCCAUUGAUCACGGCAGAGCCUCUAGAGUACCACAACCUCAACACCUCAGUAGAAACAAGGCCAUUCUGGGUAAUCACAGUUAUUCAGGAUGUGGAGAACUCCUCUCUAGAGGGACUGUACCAAAGCUUCGCCAGUCUGAUGGAGGAACGCUUAGCCGAGCUACUUAUGGUGGCCCAUCAACAAGGCGUUCGCUUUAAAAGGGCAUCAACAGUGGGCAGUUACACGGUUCAGAUGGUGAGUCUCAGGCGUGUGCAUGGGCCAAAAAACCCAGCUGAGAUGACCUACUACGUCCAACAAAAUGGGACCCCACUGCCCGGCACAGCCACAGCCAAACUCCUGAAUACAGUGGAUUCACAGACCAUGGCGCUCACGCUGGGAUAUUUUGUCCAACUGCAAGCUGAAGCUGUGGUGAAGAGUCCACCCAAUAAUCUGUGGAUCAUCGCUGCAGUCCUGGCACCCAUCGGUGUUGUGACCCUCAUCAUCAUCAUCAUCACAACGGUGCUUUGUCAUAAAAACAAGAGCGAUUUCAAAAGCGAUCCUAUCGGCAGCUUCAACCCUAGAAUGAAGACUGCUUACUGGAGAGACGUGGGUUAUUACCCUCAGCCUGUUCAGGGGUUUGACUAUGCCAAGCAACACCUGGGUCAGCAGGGUGGUGAGGAGAAGACCCUCACAGUUACCCAGGAGACCAAGGUUCUGCCCCAUCCCAUUCGAGAUGCCUCACUGUCCUUAGAUAAAGUCAUACGUCAGGAUGGGUCUGCAUCCAAGAAGAUCUUAACCAGUGAGAUGAGAAAAAGUAGGUUGCCGAGUGAGGAUGGCUCUGUCAUCAGCGGCGAAUCAGUGAAGGAAGUUUCAGGCAAGGGCUCGAUUGUGCAAAAAGCCACAGCGCAGCAGAAACUCACAAAGGAGGAGACGAGAAAGAGUAAUGAUAAUUAUGAUAGUUCCUCUGGAUCACUUCAGCUAAUUUCCAUAAAACCAAUCACAGCUCAGCCCACUUACUCACACCCUGCAUCAUCCGACCGAAGUCAGGACUCUGCCACAUUCAAUGGAGAGGUGAAUUUGGCUCUGAAACAGAAAUCAGACAUUGAGCACUACAGGAAUAAGCUGAGGCUGAAGGCAAAGAAGAAAGGUUACUAUGACUUCCCUUCUUCUGGGGCGAGAAGCAGCAGCAGCAAAGAGUUGAGCCAGCAACACAAAUAUAACCACGACCCGCCUCCGCAUCCUCAAAACAUAGCUCCAGAACUGGAGGACGACAGGGGAUCCACAUAUGUCAAGCAUCACAAAAGAGACUCGCAGGUGAGGCAGCCUUCACAUCGCAGCAGACAGUCUCUAAACAGUCCCAGUCCUGGAGGAACAGAGAUGGAUCUUCUGGUCAUGAGAGAAAGACCAAGAAAAGGAAUCCGCAACAUUGGUUAUGAUACUGAGCCAGAGAUUAUCGCAGAGACUGAUGUGGACCGUCCGGCCAGCCGCCAUUAUUAUGGAUGUGGCCGACAGAUCAAAGGUCAAUCAGAAACAUCCACGCUGAGUUCUCAGCCCUCAAUCAAUGAGGUUCGUCAACAGAUGCACCUCCUGUUGGAGGAAGCCUUUAGUCUGGCUUCAGCUGGCCAUUCCACCUCCGGCAGACACCAUCACCCACACCAUCAGCAUCCACCGCUGGGGUCUUAUGGUCUGGGUCCAGUCAUUCCAUACUCAGAGGUGGUAACCAGCGCACCGGGCACCACUAGUCAAGGUCAGGGAGGCCUGCAAUGGGUGCCAGCCUACAGACCAGAACCUUACCAGUACAGCCUGGCCAAACAGGCAUUCAGAUUUACUCAGCUUCCUGACAUGGCUUUAGGGUCUCCUCCACCACCCAUCCCUCCGAGAACAGGACCUCCACCUGAACCCUCACUGAGACGGUCCUCCUCUGAUCUUGGACCAAAGGGUCCCUGCUCCGAGUCUUCAGCACAGAGUCAGCAUGACAGCGCCACCUAUAUGCCAGACAUCAGAGCGCCACAUCCACCUAUCACUACAGAAACUAUUUCCAACCACUCAGGAAAUCCCAUGACAGCAGUGUAUGCCAUCCCAGCCAGUCGUCCUGGGUACACGGGCUAUUUCAUCUCUACGCCACCGUCCUCCUAUCACAGCCCGUCCUGGAUGUCUUACCCACCUGAACCCGAGGAUGUGCCACCUCAGUGGGCUGAAUCUAUUCCUCUACCGGGUUACGCAGAGGCCUUUCCUCACCCCCACUAUCCUCAGGGCAGCCCUCUCCUGUGGCACCACAGCCAGGCAACGUCAGGACAGGGCGGUCCAGAUCAUCCACCCUGUUCAGCAUCCCAGCAGAGUCUUGAGUCUGGAGAUCUGAUCAGUCCUGACACCCCCCUCAGCGGUCUGUCCACUUCAGCUCUGAUCAAAGCCAUCCGUGAUGAGGUGGCCAAACUGGCUAAGAAGCAAGCGGACAUGUUUGAGUUCCAGGUGUAGAGCUGUCCAGUGCACCAGCUGAAAUCAACACAUACAUGUCUUCUCCAUUGAUGAUAUUUUAUUGAAUCCUUCAAUUAAAUGCCGGUCUGCUGUUUAUACAGAUUUUGUGUGGUUCUCUUAAGCUCUGUGCCAUUGUAGUAUAACAUAUGUAAUUCAAGGUUUUAUUUAAUGGGACAAUAUGACAGUCAGUUUGACAGUGUUGUGUUUCAUUUAUGUAUUAGUCAUGAUUUAAAACAGAAACUUUCAGUAAAUUUCCAAGGCAGCCCAUUAAAAAAACAUCAACACUUUACAAGCUCAAAGCCACAAUAUACAGUACUCUGGGGUGUAACCGCAUGUUUAGGCUUAAGAUAAUGAGUGUCGUAAUGAGUGCGUUUACACAGGCAGAAUAAACGGAUAACUAUCAAAAAUCUGCUUAUUAUAGAAAGCUGAGAUUUGGGGCGAUGUCUGAUUUCUGGCAGGCAGUGAUGUCACCGCCUAUAGUACGUACACUGACCUAAAGGAUUAUUAGGAACACCAUACUAAUACUGUGUUUGACCCCCUUACGCCUUCAGAACUGCCUUAAUUCUACGUGGCAUUGAUUCAAGAAGGUUCUGAAAGCAUUCUUUAGAAAUGUUGGCCCAUAUUGAUAGGAUAGCAUCUUGCAGUUGAUGGAGAUUUGUGGGAUGCACAUCCAGGGCACGAAGCUCCCAUUCCACCACAUCCCAAAGAUGCUCUAUUGGGUUGAGAUCUGGUGACUGUGGGGGCCAUUUUAGUACAGUGAACUCAUUGUUAUGUUCAAGACACCAAUUUGAAAUGAUUCGAGCUUUGUUACCUGGUGCAUUAUCCUGCUGGAAGUAGCCAUCAGAGGAUGGCUACAUGGUGGUCAUAAAGGGAUAGACAUGGUCAGAAACAAUGCUCAGGUAGGCCGUGGCAUUUAAACGAUGCCCAAUUGGCACUAAGGGGCCUAAACUGUGCCAAGAAAACAUCCCUCACACAAUUACACCACCACCAGCCUGCACAGUGGUAACAAGGCAUGAUGGAUCCAUGUUCUCAUUCUGUUUAUGCCAAAUUCUUACUCUACCAUCUGAAUGUCUCAACAGAAAUCGAGACUCAUCAGACCAGGCAACAUUUUUCCAGUCUUCAACUGUCCAAAUUUUGGUGAGCUUGUGCAAAUCCUAGCCUCUUUGUAGUGGAGAUGAGUGGUACCAGGUGGGGUAUUCUGCUGUUGUAGCCCAUUCACCUCAAGGUUGUGCGUGUUGUGGCUUCACAAAUGCUUUGCUGCAUACCUCGGUUGUAACGAGUGGAUAUUUCAGUCAACGUUGCUCUUCUAUCAGCUUGAAUCAGUCGGCUCAUUCUCCUUUGACCUCUAGCAUCAACAAGGCAUUUUCGCCCACAGGACUGACGCAUACUGGAUGUUUUUCCCUUUUCACACCAUUCUUUGUAAACCCUAGAAAUGGUUGUGCGUGAAAAUCCCAGUAACUGAGCAGAUUGUGAAAUACUCAGACCGGCCCGUCUGGCACCAACAACCAUGCCAGCUCAAAAUUGCUUAAAUCACCUUUCUUUCCCAUUCUUACAUUCAGUUUGGAGUUCAGGAGAUUGUCUUGACCAGGACCACACCCCUAAAUGCAUUAAAGCAACUGCCAUGUGAUUGGUUGGUAAGAUAAUUGCAUUAAUGAAAAAUAGAACAGGCGUUCCUAAUAAUCCUUUAGGUAAGUGUAUAGUCUCUUCUUCUCGUGUCUGCAGAACCUGUAAAUGUAACAUGAGCUUUAAUUUUCGCAGUUUCUUUGCCAACUGCUUGAGUCGAGGGCAGACUUUUAUGAGUUACGUUUCGCUUACUUCUGGGUGUGACGUUUACAUGCAAUGCAAAAUCGGGGUAAUGAGCAAAAAACUACCUGUGCUGAUCGUUUUUUGUUUACAUCAUCUAUGGGCUUUGCCCAAUAGAUGAAAAACGUUUUAUGCGCUUACAUGACCCCCCACAUUAUCAGUUUAUUAAGCAUAAUCAGCGUAAGACUGUGGAUUUAAACACACUCUUGACUUGACAUUGAAGUCUGACAAUUUGAUUGAAUGAUGAGCUGUAAGUGUGAGCUGAAUCCCUAGGCUGUGUCUUUAAUUUAAAUGAAUGAGUUAUUGGCUUGCUUUGCAAAAUGUUGAAUAAGGAUGACAGUAAGAAUGUACUGAAUUUAAAAUCAAAGAAAUUCAACACAGUCACAAAACAAAGAUGCCUAAAGAUGUGAAGCCAGAUGCCUCCUGCGCUCAUGAUUUAACCUUGUUAGGUACAAAAGAUGGGAUAUAUUAAAAAAGUUGGAAAUAUUAAAAUAGAAGCCAUCAUUUUAUAUACUGUAUGUCAUAAUUUUAUUAAUUCACAUAGCAGAAGGAAUGUGUUAUGUUAUGUUAACUUAAAUAACAGUAUAACCUGUAACAAUGUUCUGUAAAAGGUGCUAAUGUCGAUGUAAUGCAUUGUCAUCAUGGUGGAGAUAAAUGCUAGACACCUUUAAAGGCUAAUAAUCACACUUUUUGCUCUUUUAUAUUAACUCAAUGUUUGUUGGACAUAAGGGCUUUUUUAAUAUUGUAACAUAAAAUGCAUUUCAGAUAGACUCAUCUGUCUUAUAUACUCACACACAAUGAUCUUUUUUUACUUUAAAGCAAGUUUUGACUGGCGGUCGAUUAUGCAUGACUCAAGUUUAUGUGAUUUGACUUUGACUUGUACUGUUCAAAAUGCACUUUACUCUUAAUUUUUGGUCACAUACAAGUUCUGAAAAAUCACUCAAAUGUUUAAUGAUGGUCUAUAGAGUAUUUGAAAAGUGAUUGAUUUUUAAUUGAUAUUACUAAAAUUUGCUCACAUCAUUUGUUCAGCCAAAACAUAAGCACUGAACUUGAGCAUGUUACUGUGUAAUCUCAAAAUGACAAAUAGACAUCAUUGUGUUACGGUUUAUGUUUGAUUGUGUGUAACUAGAGUUUUUUCUUUAGAUAUUUUUAAUUAGAAUCAUCACUGACUUAAAAAAAAAAUAACUUCCAUCUAAAUCUCAGUUCGAGUGUUUUCACAUAUUCAUUUUUAGGGAGCCUGAAGUUUUUAAUGUACAGAUGUACAGUUUUCUUACAAACACUCAAAGCACUGAAUGAAUGAUCUCUAAUAAAAAUCAAAAAUCAGUUGCAGGCGGAUGUUACAAUUCCAGUAACAUUAUAUGGUGGUUAAGUCAUUUGCAUAUGAGUCAUGUUGUCAUGGUAAAAAUAUUUAAGGUUUAUUCAUUUAAGCAUUAAGGAAAUAUUUUAAUAAAAUGGUUUGAGCUGAUUUUGACUUUCAAUUCAAUUUUAACUGGAAAGGCACUGAAAUAAUCAAAACAGAAAUAAAAUAUAAAAGGUUCAUUAAUAAUAGAUUUUGAAUGAUUAUUUCAUUUUCUAAUUUCUUGAUAACUUACCCCCAUGUCAUCCAAGAUGUUUAUGUUAUUCUUCAGU